AUGAUUCUGAAGGAGCCUCAUGGCAGCAAUGACCAGCCCCCACUGGACAUUGACCUGAUGAUCAACAGGGCCAUACUGAACGAGGACGAUUUCGCCUGCUCUGCCUGCUCGUGGCUAUUCGUCAGACGCCUGUUACGAAGGGGUGGCUUAUCCUCACAGGAGCAAGGAAAGGUUGGUCUCACACCCGUCGCGCACAUUGCUUCUAAAACCGCGCAACAGGACGGUACGAGUCAGCCAGACGUGGUCUCGGCCGGAUCACAUUGUAGCAUGAACGGGCGAGCGUUGCAGAACUGGACGCAGCUCAUCCUCAGAGCUUCAACAGAUUUCAAGCUGGCCAAGAGGAUGCAGAUUCCUUCGGAUCCGGCGCUGCAGCUGCACCCGCUUUGGCUCACCAAGCAGCAGACACGACAGGCUGGCUUCGCUGCUGCCUCGAAUCUGCGACUAAACAUCUCCACUGCGCUGAAAACUGGUGAUCGGCGCACGGACGACUCGUCCUGUCUUCAGCCCUACAUCAUGAAUCCAUACGGUUCCAAACGACUGGCAUGGGGAGUCCUGGGUGUUGUGAUGAUCCUCUGGGACUUGGUGGUGAUCCCCCUCACUGUCUUUGAGCUGGGUCAGUUCGAAGGUGCUGUGGACGGGAUGGGGUACAUGACCUUCUGCUACUGGCUGCUGGAUCUUGCAGGCUCCUUCCUUGUGGGCAGCGACAUGGAGGGAACACUGGAAAUGCGACCAGGGCCUAUCGCUUCUGCGCAGACUGGAUGCAAGUUGCGGUGA